AUGUACCUGCACAGCCCUACCGGCGAGUACAGACUGCUGCUGUACCCUUGUCCGUGGUCGAUGCUUGAUGAACCGGCACCUGAUGCUCAAGAUGGCGCUCAUGUCUUCACGUUAGGCUCCGGCCAGCCGCCGAGGCAUAUAGGAUGCCCUGAAGCCAAGGAAGCGAUGUACAGCCCCAGCUCUGUUCUAUUCAGUGGUAGCCUGCAUUGGUACAUAGGCCACAGGAUAAUGGUAUUUGACACCAUUGCUGAGUCGUUCCGGCUGAUGGGCUGCCCGAUUGUUCCUGGCUAUGCCGACUUGUUUGAGAUGGCUGACAUGCUUGGCAUGUCCGGUCUUAAUGAUGAAGAGACAAGCGUUGAAAUCUGGGUGAUGCAGGACUACGAAGGUGAGGUCUGGUCCUUAAAAUACCGGGUGGAAUUGCCGGUUGCAGAGAUCAGGGUGCAAUUUGGGAAGUUUCAUCAUCAUUGGGAGGUGGUUGCCACGUCUUGGGACGAUGAUGUGAUUGUGCUAGUCAAAUCUGAUGAUUGGCUACUUCAGGUUGACAUGGAUGGCCAGUUGGUUGCCAGUUUCCAUCACAGAGGCCUCGGUCCUACUCGACUUCGGAUCAAACAAUCUCUUGUUUCACAUACUUUCUUUCCGACAUGA